GGGUGGGGGUGUUGUUCUGCCUCUCGCUGUUGCUCAUGGAUCUUUUUUAAUUUCCCGACGAGGCAGAAAGCCGGUGUUUGAUACAGGAUGGUACGAAGAAAGCGGCUAAAACAGUGCCUUUGUAGUGGGAGCAUUACUGCUGUCGGUGCCUUGUAGCUGCAGUAUAAGUUAGCUAAAGGUUAGCUCAUGCUAGGCCUUUUCUUUUUCUGACAGUUUAUCGUUUCUCUUUUGUAAAACGGGUUAUUAGCAUCUUUUGUGCUGAUUUUUUUUUUUACUUUGCUUCCUGCUGUGAAAAUGGUUGAAAUGAAGAGAGUCAACAGCUUCCAGAGGUUCAUGAACAGACGGGCGUCUGCUAACUGCCGCUACCAGCCCACCUGCUACGAGCACGCUGCAAACUGCUACACUCAUGCGCUCCUCAUCGUGCCGGCCUUCGUGGGCAUGGCGCUGCUGCAUCGUCUGUCGGAUAACGGCUGGGAGAAAAUCACCGCCUGGGUGUACGGCAUGGGCCUGUGUGCGCUCUUCCUCGUCUCCACUGUGUUUCAUAUCAUCACCUGGAAGAAGAGCCACCUGAGGUCUAUGGAGCAGUGUUUCCACAUGUGUGACAGAGUGGUCAUCUACUUCUUCAUCGCUGCCUCCUACACGCCUUGGUUGAACCUGCGAGAGCUGGGCCCGCUGGCGGCACACAUGCGCUGGUUUGUGUGGCUCAUGGCCGCUGCUGGAACCGCCUACGUCUUCAACUAUCAUGAGAAGUAUAAACUAGUUGAGCUGGCCUUCUAUUUGACCAUGGGAUUCUUCCCCGCUUCAGUCAUGGCAUCAAUGAGCAACACUGACGGGCUCCAGGAGCUGGCCUGCGGUGGACUCAUCUACUGCCUUGGCGUUUUCUUCUUCAAGAGCGACGGCGUCAUCCCCUUCGCCCACGCCAUCUGGCACGUGUUCGUGGCGCUGGCUGCCGCCGUGCACUACUACGCCAUCUGGAAAUACCUCUACAAGGCCCCCAGCGCCGACACCCUCCUCCAGUCGUGACGCACACCUGCACACAGACUCCCUCUCCGCCCGCUGACGCUGCAGCGCCAGCCGUAAAGUUUACCAAAACGACGACCAGGAAAUGUUUACUGUUUUGUAACGGAGAGCAGAUUAGUCUAACUUCUUUAAAAGCUCUUUUCUACGUCACAGCGAGGGAGGGAGGUUAGACUUUUUACACUGAGCCCUCUGGUGUAUCAGGAGUAUCUGAGAAAUUUGAUAACAGUCUUUUGUAUCGCUUGAAGUACAACACAUUCCAUGUCGGGGUCGUUUGUGUGUGAAAACGUGGAGGUUGGUUCUUUUCAGGCGCUGAUUCACUGGGGAUUGAGGUGUUGGAACAGGAGCAGAGGUGGAUAUCAAUGAAACACGUUUGUACAAUUUUGGAUACUUUGCUUUCAAAAAAAUUAAACUUUGUCCCUUUAAAAAAACUUUUUUUUAAUUUCUAGUGAAAAUAAAAAACCAAAGAUCCCACGAGCAGCUUCAUGAGAAAGGCGUAAAAAAAUGUGCUUCAAAUGAGUUUUGAUCUUCUCAAAUUAGAAGUGAAUUCUGAAUCUUCUUCUUGUUUGGUGUCAAAUUUAGUAUUAAAGUAUUUCAGAUUGAUCCCCGGCCCUCUUUUAUCGGUGUGAUGCACUCAAAGCGUGUCAGAGAGGAAAUGAUGAAGAGGAAUUCUCAUGUUGAAAAGUCUUUGUUUCUUAUUUGUUUCUCUUAUUUUUAUUUUUUACUGUGAUUACAUCUCAAACUCAUCUCAUUCACAACAACGCUGGUUUCUUUCUGUCUCUAAUGCAUGCUGGUUUUUCUGAAUGCAGUCGAGUACAGAAGACGAUCAGGGCCAGGCAUGAGGAAAAAAAAUGAAGGAGAGUAAGGCAGUUAUUGAAUGUAAAUGUCAAUGAUACAAAGUCAAAGUUUAAAUAAAAGUGCUGGACAUGAGAGAAACUAAAUUGGAGGACUUUUUUUUUUUGCAAUUUGUAAAUAAGGAAAACAUUUUCAAAAUGCAAAAAAAAAAGCUAAUUUUGUAUUAACAAAAAACGUAAAAAAAAAAAAAAGGAAGACAUGUUUCAAUAUUAGUGUUGGACAAAGAAAAAGUAAUUUCACUAAUAUAUAUUUUUUAAUGUUUUGCGGAAGAAAAAUCUACAAAAAAGAUAUCUCAUUUUUUUCUCAUGCAUGGCACUUUCACUUCAAGCUUUUCCCGGAUUUUAUUUUCUUAAUUCUUGACCCUGAUACUCAUCCAGAGUCCACAGUUUCAGCUUCCUUUGUAAGGAUGUAGCACCCUCUGCUGGAGGGUUGCUGUAAAUAUUCACAUUUCCAGAUGUGUAAAGCUGAUUUUUUUUUUUAACGAGCCGAAAGAUUAGAGAAAGUCAGCUCAGGCGGAUUAAUGAACUUUUCCACUUUGUUAAUACUGUGAACAGUGCAGACGAUUGUGUGUGUGUGUGUGCAUGACUUUUGAUCUCUAGUCUACUCUCACAUUUCCAUUCACACCACUAUGACGAGCAAUGUUUCCUGACGGCUCCUGACUCUCUCUCUUUGUGUCUGUCUUCUUAGCGGAGCUGAGUGGACGCUUAUUUUCCUGAACCACUCUGUUUUGUAAUGAUUGUAAAUAUUCUGUUUGGUCGUUCUGUUGUUGUUUAUGAUCCUGGCCUUUGCAGGGGGAGAAAAGAAACUGCUUCUCGUUUGUCCCAUUGGUUGUUAAUGGUGCUGCAUAACAUGAAUGCUCCUCCACUGUCAUUCUGAAUAACACCUUUCUAAUGUGAAAAUAAAAAGUGAUAAUUCCCCAAAACGGAGAUCCUCUCUCAA